AUGGACAAGGACGUAUCACGUGGCCAGGAGGAUAUUACAAAUGGGCCAUUAGACCAGGACCAAACAGGAGUGGCAGACCCACUAGAGCAGCAAUUACGGCAGGAGCUUGAGAACAAACGGUUUUUUCUGGAACAGGCGGAGAGAGCCCUGCAGAACCUAGACAUAGAAGCACUCGAAGCUGAGGGAAACGUCAAUGCGGAGGCAUGGAAUAAGCUACUGGAGACGCAGUUAUUUAUUCCCGAACGCUCCGACCCCCUAGGCAUCGCAGUCGCGAUUGAUGGCGAAACGAAGGCUGUGAACUCUGGCGCAGGCGCCGUUUUGUCCCGUCAGAUCGAAGAAUUGGAAGAAAUGGUGCAGGAUCAGCGAAAAUUGUGCGAUGACAUGCAGGCUCUCAAUUCUAUUCUGAAGAAGCGAGUGAAUGCUUCUUUUGUACAGGAAGAGGCUACUGAGACUCCAUGUUCUUCCGAAGAGGUGGAACAGAUCAAGGACUCAUUUCUGUCCGAGUUUCUGGUGCCCGAUCUCUGUCGCGAUGCCAGCGACUGGCCAGCGACUAAUACAGCUAUGGAAGACGUGCUACGACGGCUAGUAAAAUUGGACCCCCAACUGCGCCUAACCGAUUUUGCACCGCAUUGCAUGGGUCUGUACCGCAUGCUAUCAAAGGCCAACGUGAUACAGGAAAUUUUUACGGAUGGGCAUGAUAACCCUUAUAUAAGACUAUACAACUUGCUUGAGUAA